GAUUAUUUCCUGCUUGAUACACAAUUAUUAUGCUAGUUGAGGAACUAAUCCUGGGACUAACAUCAUUACAACUAACUAUAGAGAGAGCUCACAACUCCAACAAGUAGCUUAAAUGGAAAUAUGUGCUCAGCAAUGUUCAAAAGCAGAGUUACUGAAACCAGGCGGAACCAACCGCCACUUAUCGUUUCCCCUCGGUCAUAUUUGACUGUUACACUGGUUUGGCACAUGAAUCACUGUUGAGAACAGCCUGGAGUACAUUUUACUAAGUGUUUCUCAUACAGGUCAAACUGCGAGGUUGCUGUGAUGGCGGUGAAGCUGCAAGGCUUUGAGUUCUGGAAGACUACGCUGAGGGGAGCGCGUUACGUCGUUGCACCCAUGGUGGACCAGAGCGAGCUGGCCUGGCGUCUACUGAGCCGUCGCCAUGGCGCCGAGCUUUGCUACACGCCCAUGCUGCACGCACAGGUGUUUGUGCGCGACGCCAACUACAGGAAAGAUAACCUGUACAGCGAAGUCUGCCCCGAAGACAGGCCGCUUAUUACACAGUUCUGUGCCAACGACCCAGAGGUGUUUGUCCAGGCAUGUCUACUGGCUCAGGACUACUGUGAUGCUAUCGAUCUCAACCUGGGAUGCCCACAGAUGAUCGCCAAGAGAGGGCACUACGGAGUCUUCCUACAGGAUGAGUGGGAGCUGCUGGAGAAGAUGGUGAAGCUAGCCAAUGAGAAGAUCUCUGUUCCCAUCACCUGUAAGAUCCGUGUGUUUAACAAGAUGGAGGAGACUGUUCAGUACGCUCAGAUGCUGGAGAAGGCUGGCUGCCAGCUGCUGACCGUUCACGGUCGGACCAAGGACCAGAAAGGACCCGCGACAGGCAUCGCUAGCUGGGAACACAUCAAGGCUGUACGGAACGCUGUUAACAUCCCUGUGUUCGCUAACGGUAACAUCCAACACCUGAGUGAUGUGGAGCAGUGUAUGGAGGAGACUGGAGUACAGGGGGUGAUGAGUGCAGAGGGGAACCUCCAUAACCCAGCUCUGUUUGAGGGUCUCAGCCCUCCUGUAUGGGAGAUGGCUGAGGAGUAUCUAGAGGUGGUCAGUCAGUACCCUCCCUGUACCCUGUCCUAUGUCAGAGCACACCUCUUCAAGCUCUGGCACCACACACUGCAGAUCCACAAGGACCUGAGAGAGGAGCUGGCUAAGGUGAAGAACCUGCAGGGGCUGACAGAGGUCAGCAGACAACUCAGACUACGCUGCCAGGAGGAGAUAACCAAUGGAGGAGAGGAGGCGGGGCAGGUGGUUGGGCUGCCAUUCCCUCAUUGGAUCUGCCAGCCGUACGUCAGACCAGUGCCGAAGGAUCUGGUUGCUAACAGCAACGGUACGGAGGUGAAGGCAGUGCGUCACAAGAGGGCGUUGUCACUAGAGGACUCGGACGGGGCGAGCGACGCCCUCUCCAAAAACAAACAGAAGAAGAAAGCCAGAAACCCCCACAAGAACUUCUGUCCCGAGCAGAAACCAAAGUACAUCAAGUGUGAGCAGUGUGGAAAUCCAAAGGGUAAUCAGUGUGUAUUCAACCUGUGUCGAGGCUGCUGUAAAAAGAAGGCCUACAAGGAGGUGGCAGACUGCCCAAGUCAUGGGCUAAAGUUCAAGACCAAGGCAGAGAAACAGAAGUCAGAGCGGGAAGAGGAGAAGAGAAAGAGCAGAGGAUUACAGGAGGAAGAGGAUGGAGGAUUGUUGAACGGGACCCCCAACACCCCAACAGACCCCCACAGAGGACAGACUGUGGCCUGAGACAUGGACAAACAGGGACAUAGACAUCCAUUCAUACGUAGAGCAGUACACACACACCAGGAUGUGAGAAACUCCAUCCAUCAACAGUAUACAGAGACAAGAACGUGUUGUAAGGAACACACGUGUCCAUCCAUACAGUCUCAUACUCACCACUGUCCUCCAUUGCUGCUGUGCUGAUCUGGCUUUGUUGGGGUUUCACCACUACGCCCUCCUCCUACCUGACUGACUGGAGGAGUCUUCCUGGACUAGCUCCACUGGGACUGAUGUAAUGGACAGCCUCCUCCUACCUGACUGACUGGAGGAGUCUUCCUGGACUAGCUCCACUGGGACUGAUGUAAUGGACAGCCUCCUCCUACCUGACUGACUGGAGGAGACUUCCUGGACUAGCUCCACUGGGACUAACGUAAUGGACAGCCUCCUCCUACCUGACUGACUGGAGGAGUCUUCCUGGACUAGCUCCACUGGGACUGAUGUAAUGGGGAGUCUUCCUGGACUAGCUCCACUGGGACUGAUGUAAUGGACAGCCUCCUCCUACCUGACUGACUGGAGGAGACUUCCUGGACUAGCUCCACUGGGACUGAUGUAAUGGGGAGUCUUCCUGGACUAGCUCCACUGGGACUGAUGUAAUGGACGGACUAAUUUCUCUCUUGGACUUUAGCAUAACAAGUUAGCUUUGAAGUCAAUGGGAGAUUCACCCCAAAACGUCCAGUUACAUGUGGGGCUUUCUAGUUGGUCUACAGCUGUUUCUGGAAGGAGGAAAAACUCAUGGAGUCGUAACAGUACUAUCCCAGUGCUGCUCAAUCUCUACAUGUAUUAGUCUUUUGGUUGUGGUCAAUAAUGGGACUAUUUCCUGGUGAUCUUUGUCAUGUUUUCCCCUGAACUAGAAUGAUAUUUUAUCACCUGACUGUUAGAAUGGUGACUGUCCAACAUAGUCAGUCCGUUUUUCUUUUUAGAUCAAUUUUCAUCAACCUAUCAAGCUCCUAGUCUUAAUGUGUACCUGUGUGAUGUGUAGGGCUUGGAGUUUGUUUUCUAGGCCUGUCUCCAGAAAGUAUUUUAGGGUAGGGAUGCUGAUCUGAGAUCUGUUCAUCAUUGUUGGGGCGGCAGUGGUUAGAGGGGCGGUAGGUAGCCUAGUGGUUAGAGCGUUGGGCCAGUAACCGAAGGGUUGCUAGAUUGAAUCCCUGAGCUGACAAGGUAAAACAUCUGUCGUUCUGCCCCUGAACAAGGCAGUUAACCCACUGUUCCCCCGGUAGGCCGUCAUUGUAAAUAAGAAUUUGUUCUUAACUGACUUGCCUAGUUAAAUAAAAUAAAAAAUGAUCUGAGAUCUGUCCAUAUAGGUCUUAUUCAUUAUGAUCUGAAAGGCUAAACUGAUCCUAGAUCAGCACUCCUACUCUGAGGCGCUUGGUGGAUACGGGCCCUGUGGUAAAACUCCUGGUCAUUCUGAUGUCAUGUGUUUACAAGUCGGGAACUUUUUAAACUUCGAGUUAAAAUUAACGUAAGUUAUUUGCGUACUUUCCAAGUGGGAAACCUGGGGCCUCAUCUUUCUUCAAGUUUCCAAGUUGUCUUGAACACACCAUUACUGGGAACCAAACAGGGGGGGGGGGCCUACCUGAAUUUGUCCAAUAGAAACUCUUGUUUUUGUUGCAAAACAUUUUCCAUUAUGAAAUUGUUUUGCUAUGGUUUGCACAAAUCAAUAAACCCCAGGUGAGAAGUCAAUGCCAAAUCACACUGGAAACUAUUUUUUCAUCACUUCAAAUAAUUGUAAAUCAUUUAUAUGAGUCAUAUAUUUGGUUUUAAUUUCUCUUUGUGAUGGUUUUAUUUAUUUUCUGGUGGUUGGGGGUUGCUUGCAUUGAGUUCAGUGCCUUCUGGUAGACAUAACACUUGGCCUAUCCAGUCAUAUAUGAACUAGAGGUUAAAUAAAUGGAUGUGACAAGUGAGAAAUGGUGUAUUUGAUAUUUUUCUCUUAUCUAUGAUUUCUCCAUUCAUACAUUUUGGGCCAAAAUGAGCCCUUUUGUCAACUUUUGGAUUUUCUGCUGAAUAUAAAACUGACACGUCA